UAAGAAGAAUAUAUUAUAAGAGUAGCAAACAAUAAAAAUUGUCCAUCGUCCACCGUCCACAGUCCAGGUUUUAGCACACGUCUUCGCGACUCAGUGGUUCGAGCAUAUAAAUACCAAGUGACCAGACCUCAAAUAUCAUAUCGUAUUUACAACUCUUACACCUAUAUCGAAAAUGGCUAGUAUUGCUCUUCCGCUCACCAAUAUUCUGCUAGGGGUAAGUAGCAUAGGAGCCGGUAUUGGUUUUAGCGUUGCAGAACAACAGAAGAGAGACGACUUGAAUGCGAAAGUCAAAACACUCAAAGACGCUGUGAAUGAUACGGGCAAUCUAUACGACCACGUUUACUAUUUAACAACUGUCAAUUUACAACGUCUCGAGAAAUCCGUUAACAUGUUACCGAGCAAUUUCCUAGAAAUGGUGAAAGACGACAUUUCAAACGCCAUGAACCCGAGCGAAUUCGUGAAGGAUUUUGAAUCCGCGGCUCAAGUGAUGGGCUGGAUUGGAGCAGGUGCCGGUACUCUUAGUGGUGUUAUCAAGUUAAUUAUCAAGGUUCGUGCGCGCAAGGCAGCCAAGAAGAGCUCGCCAGCUGAGGAGGAGGCUAUUGAAUUAGAUGCGGCUGGCUUUGGCAGAGUCCCCUUGAACAAGGAAACCGUCCGGGUUCCAAAAAACAAAACCACCACGCUUCCCAAAGGUAGGCUAUCUAAAAUGUCCUUGGGUCUCGACAUCGGCGGGAUAGUGUUUGGAGCAGCAGCAUUCUUAGCAACCAUCGGGCUAGGAACUUGGUCAAUUGUUGAAUUAAACAAGGCACUCGCCGAGGUGGAGAACAAGCAAACGCAGGUUUAUUUAUUUAUUUAUUUAUAAACUUUACAAUCAACAAAACGAUUGAAGGUACAGACAACAGGACUGAGGAGUCCAAAUUAAGUCCUACCUACACAUUACAUUGACAUUGUAAAACAAUAGAGACAGGCUUACAAACUUUAACAAAGCAACGACACAAAAUUACAAUACACGGUCAAUGCGUUCCAAACCAUCCUUACACUUUCCAAAGUUAAUAUAAACUGACUAGACAUGGACCACUCAUAUAUUGCAUGCAGUCCUUUCUAACUACCUUAAAAUGAAGAGACCUAAAAAUUGCAAAGAAGGUUUGGGAAAUGACCAAGUUACAUUUAUUUGUUACAAGUUACAUUAUAUGUUUGUACAUAUAUAAAUGUAUCAACAUUGUGCAGCACAGACACAGAAUAUCAGUGUUGUAACGAGUCGAGUCAUUGACUCUGACUCGAGUCAACUCGAGUCGCUAUUUUCAGCGACUCGACUCGAGUCCAAUACGAAAAAUGACUCGACUCGACUCGAGUCAACAGCCCCAAAUGACUCGACUCGGACUCGACUUGCUGAUUUUGCCGUAAAUGACUCGAGUCAACUCAGCUACAUCUUGUACAGAGUAAAUUCAUCACAAUUAUUGUGAUUGUAUUGCUUGGGAAGAACAAUGAGCCCUGUAAACAAUGAGAACUUUGAAACUUAUCAGAAAAUAUAUGGGAUUUGCAUAGAAUAUAUUCCUGACGGGCAUACCUAUAUUACAUUUCUGUUUUUAGAAACAACGCUAGUGCCACAGUUUUUAAAAUUGAGUCUCAAACUUUUUUGUACUUAUACUAAUUCUGACAGGCUAUUUUCAUUUUUGGUAUUUAUGAAGGGCUAUAUAAUUUCAAAUUAACUUACAAAGCGCUGUUAAUUAAAGUCUAUUCUUUGUUAAUUCUGACUCCAGUUGCAAGUUUUGCUAGUUGUAUGUACGUACACUCAAUCAGCAGGCAAGAUGAGACAUCUCAUGCGGUUGUACUGAAUAUUGACUAGAACUGUGAUAUUGGCACAGCCUGGCUAUAGCUGCCCAGAUACUAUUAUUAAAGACUAAAGUAAUCUGUAGUUUAAAACGCAAAUUUGAUGACUAAUUUCCGACUGCAAGCUAGGGUAGCUCAAGUCAAAUCUAGAAAUUGACUCGACUCGACUUAAAUCAGUGACUCGACUUGACUCGAGUGAAGCCGCUGACUCGACUCGACUCGAGUGAAGCCACUGACUCGACUCGAUCAAAAACUGAAAUGACUCGACUCGAUCAAAAACUGAAGUGACUCGACUCGUGACUCAACCUUUGAGUGACUCGCCUCGUGACUCGACCUGUAGGUGACUCGUUACAACACUGCAGAAUAUAGUAAACAUCCUAAACAUUCAUGUGUUCCAAGCUGUCCCUGCAUGUCUCAAACAUUGUUUUCAUCUAGGCUUUUCAUUAAUUUAAGGUUGAUCUUUACAAAAAAUCAAUGACAAAAAUGUUAGAUAUCAUCGUGAAGGCCGCUGGUCUACCGGAGAAAAAAUACGAUGGGCUUGUCAAAAUGUCCAAAAUGUGGAAACAGAUAUCAGGAAACUUUGAUGGCUAUCAAAAAUCCCUGUAUUAUGCCAUUCGAGGUUAUUCCAUGAAGAAACCAUAUGAUCAGGUUAAAAAAAUGGUCGACAAAGAAAGUGAUGAAGGUUUACCUUUCCCAAAGGAUGGUUAUGUUUUGGCCGAGCUAUUGGCCAAAGGCAUCAAGGCAAUGUUUGACGAAAAGAAAACCGACCAAGAGGUAAUUAAUUAUUUUGCCACUGAAAAUCCGGAGAUUGGUCUCAGAUUUGUCUUCGACGAAUUUUUCAUAAGCACAUUGCGUUGGGAUUAAUAAACAUUAUAACAUGCACGAUUUGAUUGAAUUCGAACAUGAUGAAAUAUUUAGCAGUUUAUCAUUAAUUGUAGUGAACAGUUGUAUAUCCCAUCCUGUAAUGUGUUGAAUUUUGUAUUGCGUUUAUAUUAUAGACAAUCCAUAUAAAUCAUUCUGCAUGUUAGGCUAAGUUUUUUUAUUAAUCUUCAUUGACAUUGUCACUUAUUUUUGUUAGCAUGGCAAUAGAUAACAGUAAGUAAAUCGAUUUUGUGCGAAUCGUUUGAAAUUUAUAUUAAAAUUUUGAACAUAUUGAUUCAAACCAAC